GUAGUUCCUGUCCCUUAUCGGUUAUGGACACUGGAUGUAAGGGUAAACUUUGCCCGUAGCAGAGUAAAGAUGUUUUUAAUGGGUCGUUCAUAUUGAAGUCACCACAACAGUUGAGAAGAAAGGCAAACAAAUGGAGUUAAUGUUUUUAAUUUGAUAUCACAACUACAUUUUGUGUAGUAGAUAGCUCUACUUCGAAGCUCCGUUUAGCCGCGGAGCUAGACCGAGCUAACUGGACUCUUCGGAGGCUGAACGCGGUGGAAUGUCUCGGGAUAACACGCACGGAGAGCAGUAAACUACCCAGGCCAGGAUGCUCCACCUCCCAUACAGCAGUCUGGAACGGGAUCGGCCCCUAAUCCGGCUUUCCUACACCAUCUUCGUCAUAGGGAUGGUUCUUCUCCCUGUGGCUGGCCUACUUUUGUCCCUGUUCAUUUCUAUCAUAUACCACUUUGAAGAUGUCAACUACACGCACUGUCAUGUGUCCAACUACCUCCCGUCCAUCAGUGCUGCCAUCAGCCACGUGCCGGAGCUCUACAUCUGGCGCUUCUGCAUCGGGCUGCACUCAGCGCCACGGUUCCUGUUGGCUGCCACGUAUUUCAGUUUCUACCGAAAUCGCUUUGCCGCCAGGCUUCCGGAGCUGCUCCUGAGCUGGCUGGCGUUCGUGUGCAACCUGUCUGAAAACUGUGCCCUGCUGCUCCUCACCUACGUAGCGUCCACAGAGAUCUACACUGUUCACAAAGGCGGCUUCCUGACGUUCAUUGUGAGCUCACAACUGUACAUGCUUAUUACAUGCAGAUUGUGGUAUUUGAUCAAGACACACUAUGUGAACCAAGAGGAGCUGAGGUCGUACAGGUGGAAGGUGCGCCUGCUCCUCUUCAACUUGAGCUGCUGUGUGGCUGCCGCGUACUUCUUCAGACGCCACAACAUACACUGUGAGGCCGGAGUCUACACGCUGUUUGCUUUCUUCGAGUACCUGGUGGUCUUCUCCAACAUGGCCUUCCACACCACGUCGAUCUUGGACUUUGGGAAAGAAUUUGUGGUGGUGGCCAUACUGCCUGAAGACAAAAAAUACUGAAAACCACAGGACGCAGUUUAAAUUCUGUUUAAGUUUACUGUAGUUGUCGGGUGUGCUAAAAGUGAUUGUUCCUCCCCUCAAUAUUUAAGAUCGCCAAUUUUUAUGUGAGUGGUCAACACUGAGUUGGACCUGGGAAGAAUUUGCCACCACAAUGUAGUUACCAGUUAAGCUAACUGUUAGCCUAGCUUCUUCAGUUUUUUUUUCUUCUACUACCACUUGUUUUUCUUUGUAUUUUCUGGAAGUCUGGAUGUCCUGUGGCACUGUGCUGCCUCUCACAGGCCAGUCUUGGUACUACGGCAGACAUCAAUGUAUGUGUGGCGUGCCGUUGAACGUGUUAGUUUCUAUGAUGUCUAAUUUUUUGAAAACGGUUAGGAUGAUGUUUUGUAAUCUGCUUAAAGAGCCCAUAAAAAGUCUAGAACCACAGUGAUGUGGUCAGUCAGUGCCACGUUAAAAUCUGAUCAAAUGUUUUUUACAGUUACAACGAGAAACUAUGAAAUCCAACCCCUGGUUCCCUUGCUGACUCAGACAACUUAUAUAAACAUCAAAAAGAACUGUCAUUGAGGGAGUUAGGAUGUUACUCAAGUUAUAUGACCACAGAUCAGGUAUGCGAGAGCUUUUCCCCAUCAGGCGCCACUUCAGUUUUUAUUGUCAUCCUAGGGCCUUUAUAAACGUGUGUGUACACACACACACAGCUUGUGCAUGAAGUCUUUUUACACUUUACAGUGGAUGUCUUUCGGAGUCUGUAAUCAUUUAUAUUUUUUUUAAUAAACCACAAUACAUUGUGCCUUUUGAUAAGGAACAACCAUUUAUAGCGGUUUAUUGAACAUAUCUUUUCAAUUGCUUUUGUAAUACGUUUUAAAUAUUAAAGACACUCUGGACACCCUG